CUCAAUCAAUCCCUCUCGACCCCCCAACACCAAGCCGACAAGACACCACCUGUGACAUCACAGCAAAUCAGUCACAAUGGCGCGCCGUCCUGCCAGAUGCUACCGGUACUGCAAGAACAAGCCGUACCCUAAGUCGCGCUUCAACCGUGGUGUGCCGGACCCUAAGAUUCGCAUCUUCGACCUCGGCCGCAAGCGUGCUACCGUCGACGAGUUCCCUCUCUGCGUUCACCUGGUCUCCAACGAGUAUGAGCAGCUGAGCUCCGAGGCCCUCGAGGCCGCCCGUAUCUGCGCCAACAAGUACCUCGUCAAGAUGGCCGGCAAGGAAGGCUUCCACCUCCGCGUCCGCGCCCACCCGUACCACGUCGUCCGCAUCAACAAGAUGUUGUCUUGCGCCGGUGCCGAUAGACUGCAGACGGGUAUGCGUGGUGCGUGGGGCAAGCCUAACGGCACUGUCGCGCGUGUCAACAUUGGUCAGAUCAUCAUGAGUGUCCGCACUCGUGACGCCAACCGUGCCGUCGCGCUCGAGGCUCUGCGUCGCUCCCAGUACAAGUUCCCUGGCCGGCAAAAGAUCAUCAUCUCCAAGAACUGGGGCUUCACUCCCCUCCGCCGCGAGGAGUACCUGGAGAAGAAGGCUGCUGGCCGCGUCAAGGUCGAUGGUGCUUACGUCCAGUUCCUUACCAACCACGGCAACCUGGAGACCAACAUGAAGCGCUUCCCGGAGGCCUUCAGCGCCUAAGGUGGUUUGUUGCUAGAAAGGGAAUGGUUAUUUGGCUUCAGGGUGGCGUCAACGGUCAUUUUAGGGCUGAGACGAGAGCAUGUCAACUAGGAUCAUGGUCUUGAUCUGGCACAGCCAAUGGAUCCAUUCUACCAACUUGGUUCUUGACGGACAGCAAGAAAGCACUGCAUUUCUGACGCGAUGGCCCUAUUGCGCCCGGGCCGGGCGUAGGAGGCGUAUUACGUUGGACUCCAUCGACACCGCAGCGUGGCAGGGAAGGGGCGAGGAGGCUGUGAAAGAACGGGGCCCAAAGUAUUUCGAACCAUUCGAGCUUCCGAGGCCCAUCUACAUGUACAAUCGCUCGUUGUCCGGUCCUGUUAGACGCCAGCGUGUCGACCAUUCAAGCUGUAUUCGGGGCCAGUCGGAGCUCCACCUUCGGACUGUUGAGAUAAUCACAAGCAAAGUCGCGAAUCUGACAUCAUUUCCCACAG